CAUGUACAGGAACACCUGGAAAACAACUCUACACCUCUGCUGGGUACCUGAGAUCCACUAGUCCUCUCCUGGACGGCAGGACGCCACUUCCACAUCACUUUGAUUCCAGAUGAAAACGGCUUCUGUGUGAGUGAAGGACUGACGAAACAAAGAAGAAAAUUAUAUAAACUGGACUGUGGAUGAGCGAUCGAGGAUAAAAUCAAAACUUCUGGAGGAAUCUACUCACAGAGAGGCUCUGACAUGAAGAUCCGAGUGGUCCAGAUCUGGGGCUUCCUGAUGACGGUGUUGGGCUGGAUCUUCGUGGCCUGCACUAUGGCCAUGGAGGGCUGGAAAAUCACCUCCAUCGGGGGCAUGGGGGGCUCGUCCAUCAUCAAGGUGGCCUGGUACUGGUCCAGCCUGUGGAGGUCCUGCUUUACAGACUCAACUGCUGUCAGCAACUGCUAUGAUUACCCUGUGCUCUGGUCUGUGGAGGGACACAUCCAGAUCGUGAGAGGCCUGCUGAUGGCCGCUCUGUCUCUGGGCAUGCUGGGGUUUGUCCUCAGUCUGAUGGGGAUGGAGUGCACCUUCAUCGGGGGAAAAGACCGCUCCAAGUACAAGAAGAUCUACGCCGGUGGAUGGUGCCACGUCAUCAGCGGUUUGCUGGCUUCAUCUGGAUAUGCAGUUUAUGCCCAGUACGUCUCAGUGGAAUACUUCAACCCGAACUUCGAUGGACUGAAGUAUGACCUUGGCACCCCGCUGUUCCUCGGCUGGGUGGGCGCAGCCUUUCACUCCACUGGUGGUUUCUUCUAUCUGUGGUCGGUGUGCAAGCCGCUCUGUGGAGGAGAAGCCACAAUAAUCAAAGUUCAAGCUCUGCCAGACCCAGAGGAAACCAAGUCCACUACAGCUCUGUCAACAGUGUCCAAGAUCACCUCCAAGACCAAAGUGUCCUCUAUUUCCGAGCUGUCGUCCAGGUCUGAACGCACAGACGUGUCUGCCAUCUCCUCCAGAUCAGGACGUACAUCCAAAUCUGGUCGCACAGCAAAGUCGGGGCGUUCAUCGAAGACGGGGCGAACCGCCAGGUCUGUGGGGUCCAGCUCAGCGUCCAGAUCUGGAUCGGGGUCCGAGAUCUCGUCAAGAUCCAGCAUAUCGACUCUGUCAGAGUCGAGGAGCAGCAGCAGCAGCCGGACAGCGUCGUCACUGUCAGGCAGCUCGAGGAGCGAAACUACACCAUUCAUCAAAAACUCUUAUAUCUGAACAAUGUCAGACAAAUAAUAAUGAAUGUGAUGAACUGGAUGUCUUUCUGUUUAAUUUGUUAAUAGGUGGGAAAAGCACAUUUAUAGUUAAGUUCUGUAAUAUUUAAAUCUUUGAUGUAUUAAUGUUUUUUCACUGUAAAGUUUCUGCUGCCUGUUGUCCAUGUUUAUCAUCUCCAGUGUGUUUGAACACGUCUUCUAAUUGAACUGUCGGUCUUUUGUAACCUUUCAGACAACAAAUAAAACUCUGUCAGCCUAAUCAGGUCUGGUUGACAGUAAACACA